CCAGUGUGUUACUUCCUCACGCGCUCCUGCAAGAUGUCCUGCAAGAAUAGUAGACGUGUUUCGACAUUUCAAAGUAUCAUUUAUUAAGCCACCAAUCCUUGAAAUCCCCACCAUAUUCGCCAUGGAGAUUGCUUCGGCAGCGUGGAAGAACAAGGAAAAACAGUUCACUCAAAAAUCUCAUCAGAUCGCAAGCUUAUGGGGCGUCUCAUCCGUCGUCAGGCCGGGAAUCCUCGACUCGACAUUAUGGACUGUCAAGGAUGGGCUCUUUAUGUGUACUUGCAAGAAUAAGCAUUCAGAAGAAGAUUAUGAAGUAGAGGAUAAAAUUGUUGCGGCUUUGGAGAAGGGAAUGAUGGCAGCAGACGCCAACUUGGAUGAAGUGGGUAAGGCACUUGAGAAGCAGAGAAUCCCAAAGAGAAUGGCUACCAUAGCUUGGGGUAUGGAAAGGCACUCUGACGAGUUCUCGUGGGACAAAGAAGGUAUGCGUGUGAGGCAUAUCAGCCUGGAUCAGGUCGCCGAGUGUUCAAAUAUGGGCUUGGAAGAAUUGUCUACAAUUGAUACGAUGUCUUUGAAGUGCCCAAAUAAGCACAGACGUUUCGCGUACAUCUGCCGAGUUCUUACCAAACCUAAGGUCGAGGAUGGCAUCGUUUUUCAUGUCGAAGAUCCAGAUGGACUUUCGCUGCCCGUCAUCAUAAAGUUCCCCACCUCCACUCCUUGUUACUCUCUGUCCAUCAAGACCAUCCUCGAAGAACUGUACUCUGUCGGCACUAUCCUGGCCAUCAAAGAGCCUGCCGUCCGAUAUGGCAAAAGGGGUGGCUACGUAAUCUGCGUAGAUAUACCUACCAAUAUCGUCGAGAUACAUCCCAAAGACAAACUCGCCAGUCGGUUCGCGAAAAUCCCACCUGCAGUACCUGUACAGGACUUAGAAUGGGAGUCAGUGAAGGAUCUUGGCAACAAAGCUCUGAAGAACAAGAAUCCUAUCAUUGCUGCCAAAUAUUACACUUCCGCCCUUGCUGACCCUGCAGUUAAGGGAAGCCCAUCUCGUCAGCUUCUCCUCUACCUCAACCGUGCUCAAGCUCUCCUGGAUCAAAAGUUGUACGGCACUGCAUACCGCGAUUGUCUCAAAGCGGAGAAACUUGUGGCAGAACCAAAAGCCAAAGCUAGUCAACCACAAUGUGCUAAACUGUAUUGGCGUAUGGCCAACUCGGCAUACGGACUUAGGUUAUGGCAAAGUGCGGAACAGCUAGCCGACAAAUGCUCGCACUAUCCUGAAUCGAGCUAUCAGUUGCCUGAAUUGAGGAGAAAGUUGGAGCGGAGAAGGAAGGAAUGGGAGAAAGGAGAAUACGAUUGGACAUCGCUCUUCCAUGAAGUGCACUUGUCAAACGCCUCUCAUCUCGAUGUAGCCGAUUAUCAGGGUCCGAUCCAUUGUCGUAUAAUUCCAGGAAGGAAUACUCGGGGCUUGGUAUUAUCGGAUGCUGUGAAAGCCGGGGAUCUUUUACUUGUUUCCAAGGCCAUCAUUACGACCCACGCCACAGACGUGGGAAACGCUAUUCUGCCUUGUGUUGACAACAGCAACGAAGAUUACAUUCCACCUUCUACUUAUACUGCCAUUAAUCGCGCCGUGCACCGCUACAUCGACGACCCAUUCAUGGGGCAAUUGUUCGCUGGUUUGAACCUUGGGAAAAACGGAGUAAACAUAGGGACCAAUCCCUUACCACAAUGGACUUGCUGUAAUGAUAGCCGUCUCAGUGAGCUUAUUAAGCCUGUGGAGACGAUUAAUCUGCGAAUGAUCCGCCAAGCGAUCGCGAUGAACAAGGUGUUCGGGUUCUCUGUACCAUACAAAGCGACGGAUAAUCCGGUAAAGGUGGACGAAAUCCGACAGUGGCCUCUGAUGUUGUUUGCGACGCCGACAUUACUAAACCAUUCUUGCAAGCCGACGGCUUCUUUGACGUACUGGGGUGAUGUUGCGGUUGUUCGAGCCCUCUACGACUUGCCCAAAAAUUGCGAACUCACUGUCGAAAGAUUCGACAUCAACGCUACUUAUGCUGCUCGCCUUGAUAUUUCUUUUAGCGAAAACAUCCGAUGUUCAUGUAUGCUUUGUAAAUCCGAUGCUAAAACCGAAUAUGACCUUCGUUGUCGUCUUGUGGAAGAAGUCUACCCGAAGCUACUGGAAGACUUUACGAUGGACACUUCACAUCCAUUUGAUGCAAAGUCCGAGCGGGGCUUUUGUAGGGCAAAGGAGUGGAUUAGGUCAUGGAUGCAAUUGGAGAGAAAGGUCAUGUCGACGUAUGGAGACGCCAACAAAUGGUUAAGAACGGACUUGGCGCCUGUGCGUAAGGGGUUGGCCAAGGCAUGGUAUUUGAUUGACAUGAAGAAAGGUAUUGAGACCGAAAUGAGGUUGUUCGAAGGUUUAGGCUGCGUUUGGUCCAGUAGAGAACAACGAUUAAAGCACGGUCGAUUGCUGGAACGAAUAUGUCCCACAAAAGACAACCUCAUCAUAUUCCUCCUUACGUCCGCUGCACACUAUGCCAAACUCCAGCCCCUAAAUCGUGCUUAUGUAAGUUUAUGGGUCCGUACAGCGUUAUGGGCUCAUCAGAUCAUUUAUGGCGGCAAUAUCGAACUGUUCAAAAAACGCUUCGCUGAAAAACUUCCCCCAGACGACAUGAUAGAUUGGGAGUGGACAGAUGAAGUGAAAAAGAAUGGGGAUGGGAUAGGAACUUUGCCAAGACCAAACGUAGCUUUGAAUGGGAUUGGGGUCAAUGGAAAGGACCAUGUCCGAAAAUUUUUCAACAGUACUGCGUAAAGCAGAUUUUUUUUUAUCACUUUUUUGCACGACUGAGGUUUGUUUGGUUGUUUGACGAAGGAUGAAUCAUUCCCCAGUGCGACAUGAUAUGUACUAUGCCGAU